AUGUCACCAUUGUGCAGAACUCCCCAUGACUUACUUAGGAGUGCGUUAAAACGGAGGUACCAAAGAAAGAAUAUAUUUUUGUUUUCUUUUAAACAACUUAGCCAUAAAAAUGUGGUGAAAAAAAAAAACUGCACAGAUCAGGUAAAAGCAGAUCCAUCAAAUUUUUUUAAAGUGUUACAGAAUGAACAUUUUCUCCCAGAGAAUAUGGAUAAAUUAGGUACCUUCACAUGUUUGAAGGAGAGGCAGAAUUUAAUAUAUGAAAGGGUUAUAUUUAAACCAACAAGUUAUGUAAAAUUAUGCCAGUUUGUGCAAAUGUUGGAAAAGGAAAAUUUCCUUAACGAAUUUGACAUAUAUUUUUUUGAAGAAAAUUUAGACGAAAUAAAAUUAAACAGAAACCAAAAUAGGAAGGAAAUAUUUAUUGAUGUAAAACACAUGGGUAUAGAUAAAAACAUAACGCUGGGAAGGAGCAUCCAACAAAAGAACUGUAAACCCAUCGAAUUUUUACAAAAAUAUAAUAUCCAACCACUCCUAUACUACAAUAUACAAAGAUACGAAGCAAACGAGGAUCCAUCAUCAUUUCUAAUCGAUAGAAAAAGAUUAACAAAGGGGGAAUAUAGAUACCAAUAUGUCUCAACCAUUUUGCCUUACAUAUGUUUCACGUUAAUGUUAUUCUUUCCACAUUUUUUGAUAUUUUUAUACAUACCCUAUAUCAAGAAAAAAAAUGAAAAGCAACGGCAGUUAUGUAAAAUAUUUCAAAUUAAGCAAAAUAUACAUUUAUAUAAAGAUAUAAAACCCGAAUAUUUACAAAACAUUAUUGAUAAUAAUAUGAAGACCCUUGUACUUUUCUAUAAUAACGAAAUUUUUAUGAACAUGCAUGUAAAAUCUUUAAUGAUCGAUUUAUCAAAAAUAUUGAAAAAAAAUUCUAUACCUGUUAAUGUAAUAGGAAUAGACACAUCUAAAUACAAUAUUCGUUAUAAUGUCACUAACGAUUUUGAAGAAACGCUCUUUCCAGUAUUAUAUUUUGUUCUUCCCUAUCACUAUGACAAUGAUAGUGCAGUUUUUCAAAUUAAAACUCCUCUAACUCUGGAGAACAUCUGCUUGCAGAUGAAGGACUUUGUACACGUUCCACCUCCCGUGUUCAGACAGAUACAAGACCUGAGCAAACUUAGCGGCAAGUUGCAGAAGUGCAUAUUUGAGCACGAAGUUAUGAACAAGAAAAAGGAAGAAAUCUUAUACGACUAUGGAACGGAAAUAGCUCAUUUGUCUUGCCUUCACCUGAACAGCAAGGUGUCAUUUUAA